GAAACAUUUUCUUUAAACAAUUGUUUUUAGUAUUAUUGAUUGCGUUUUUGGCUGUAACUAUUUGUAUUUUCAAAAUCGUAAAAAUAAUUAUUAGUGGUUUAAAAAUGGAGACUUUUGUAAAGGAAAAUGAAAACGGACAGACAUUUUACUCUGAACUUCAACUAUCAGAAAAAGUUAAGGAAGAAUCCAAGGAAUAUGUAUCUGAAACAAAAUAUAAAAUAGAUGAAAGUAAACGUUUAAACAUUAAUAUUAUAAACGAAAUUAAUAAACUAAAAUACGACAAUUUAGAAUUACGUUCAAAAGGUAGCAAUUAUAGGACACAAAGAUCUUGUAUUUCAAAAGAUAUAAUUGAGAUGAGAACAGUUGCAGCGAGGGUUAAUGAUAUAUUAGAAACAGCAUCUAAGAGUUCGUAUAUGACUUCAUGUGAAAAGGAAGAAUACAAGAAUAUAAUAGAAAAAUUGGAAAUUAAAAAGAUUUUCAUUGACAACACAUUAAGAGAGAGCUUGAAAGCUUUAAAAGAAAAGAUAAAGCAUAAAUCUGAUACGGUGAUGCAUAUGAAAGACAUAAAUUUACAAACUAUAAAAGAAGUUAAAAAAGAAUAUGCGGAACUUAACGGUAAAGUAAAAGAAAUUCAGGAAAAAAUUCAUGAACUUACAAAAAACAAAGAAAUCAAUGCUAAAGAGUGUGAUGAUAUAGAAGAAAAAUUAAUAAAGAUAAGAAAUGAAAAUAAUCAGUUACAAGACUGUUAUGAUAACAAAACAAAAGAGAUACAAGAAAUUACAAAACAAAUUCAGGAAGAAGAGGAACAGUACCACGUUGAACUUGGAAAAUUCAAGGAGACGGUUGAUCAACUUGAAACUAUUAAAGAGUUGGAAGAAAAAGAAAUUUCCGAUUUGAAUGUUAAAUGCGUCGAAUUAAGCAAGCAAAAUUGCGAAAAACAAAUAAAAAUUGAAGAACUCGCCAGAGAACGUACUAAAUUACAAGCAAACUUUGAAGAACUUUCCAAAAAGAAACAGGAACUAGAAGAAACUACACAAAGAUCUAUAACGACCCUUAAAAAUGAAGCAUCGAUCUAUUCUCAGGAUAUGCGAGAGAAAGAAGAAGAAUUCAAACUGUUGAAGGAGUACAGUUUAAAAAUCGCACAGGACCAAUUAGUGCUUAGAACUCAACUUGAAGUAGAAAGUAACGAAUCGAUCAUAAUGGAGAGAGAAAUAUCAAUUUUAAAAUGUGAAAAUCAGCCAGCAGAAGAGCAAAUCACAGAAAUGAUUAAAGAAAAUGAAGAGAUAACACUGAAAAUUUCGAAUAUGGAAAAGGAAACUGACCGUUUGAAAAACUGUAAGGCUGCUAUCAAAGAAGAAAUAUCUUCCUUUAAAAGACAGUUAGAAGAAAAACAGAAAUGUUACUCUGAAGAGAUGUCCAAUUACAAUUCUAAAAUAAAGGACGCCCUUCAAGUCCUGGAUUCGAAGAAAGCAGAGGAAGAUCAAAAUAUUAGGAAUUACACAAUAGAAUACGAAAAAAUUACAAAAGACCAUGCAGAGGCCAUGGCAGAAUACGAACAGCUUAACGAUAAGGAAAUAGCAAAAACCGAAGAGUUGGAGCAUAAAUUGAAACUCGCAAAUGACGAAUGGACCGAUGCUAACGAAGAAAAUGGGAGACUACGACAAGAAAAGACGAAUGUUAGUACAGUUGACAAACAGGAUGUUCCUCAACCGACAUAUUCAAAUAAAAAGGACGACGAUUUUUAUAAAUUAUUACUGACUUCCCCGAAGAAAAGAAAAUUUGACGAAUGCAGCGACAGCAGUAGCGUUAACACCUUUACAGUAACAGUUGACGAACUGUGCAAGAUGAAGCUAAAUCCGAAAAAAGAGAGACGACCAGAGGACGAGAAAUGGGGAAAAAGGAAAAGUAGAAAAUAAGUGAGAAUAUUCUUUAUUAAUUAAGAAUUACUUAUUAAUUUCGAUUCAUCAAUAAUUGUUACUUUUUAUUUUCAAAUAGUUUUUGUAACCCAUUAGGUACAUAGGUACUUAAAUCUUGACAAAAAUGUUAAAUAAUUGUUCCGUUGUAUACUUUAAGAAAUGUUAUAUUGUUUCAUUUAAUGUGUAUUUUUUAAUCCAUUUAAUUUGAAUAAAAAUUUAAGUUAGAUACUGAAUCAUAAUUAAAAAUA